GUGCCGCCGUGACCUGUGACAACCCUCGUGAGAGACUGCAUCCCUGCUACCCCUUUUGUGAGCCGGGGUGCAUCUGCAUUCAACCAUAUAGGCCUAAAAGGGAUACCAGACCUCGGCGAUGAUACGUAGAAAAUGAACAAGCAAAAUGGAACUUUCAAUUGUUCCUACUCAUCUUUAAAUAUUUUCGUAUUUUUUAAAUAUAUAAUAAAAAUAAAAGGUUCAUAUUCAUGAGUGAUAUUUUCUUCCAAAACAUUUAAGCCAAAUGAUACUUUUAUUAAAAAAAAUAGACACAGAAAUAAAUCAUUUAUUUGUUUUGCUGUUCCACAUUGUUUUACUACCAAUAAGUACAAAAGAGGCAGAACUAUUGUUUUCCGUCGCCUAUCGCCUAGUUUUCACGUUACUUAUACUGAAAUACAACGUUUUUAUCGACAUAAAAUAUUUUUUGGUAAAAAAAUUAUUAAAAAUAUAGUAUAAUAUACUGAAUAUUUAAAACCAAUGGUUUGAUAUUUCCCGUGUUUGAGAAACACACAAAUGUGGAACUUACUGAUCUUGUUACUGGCUUUUUUUUUACUACAACGUUUUGUUAUAGCGGACUCAACGUAUGAAUGCGGAGAGCACGGCAGAUUCGAAUACUGCAUCGAUGAAAUACCGGGCUGCGUCAUCGGCUGUCAUUGUCAUCCCGGAUAUUAUUUUGAUACAGAUACAAAAAUAUGCGAACCUAAUUCUAAGUUAUUGGAACACCACAGGCGACAUUAUGUCGGUGAACCGACGAGGGUUCAGAUUGAUAUUACUCCUCCUGAUACACCCUACAUCGAAAAACUACUACCAAAAAUAUGAAUAGCCAUGUCAAUGAAAUAGCGAAAGACGCCGACGACUUGGGUGACUGGUUGUAUAAUCAGUUUUUUAAAACAAUAGAAAGCCAAGUUGUUAACAAUACAAAUCAAAAAGAAACAUUAACAAGGCGUAGUGGAUCUAAUUACAAGAUGAAGAAACCAAAGCGAACGAAUAAAUGGAGUAAGGGAAAAAAGAAAUACAGGAAAAGAAGCAGAAAUAAGAAAUCGAAAAAGAACUUACUGCGUAUUAAUGAGAAUGAUAGUUUAUUCGAUAUUGAUUCGAGCUCGAGCUCCGAUUCCAGCGGAUCCAGUUCAGCAUCAGUUUCGUCUGAUGAAUUCCAAGAGAAAGAAGACGUUCAUGAAAACGAAAAUGAACACGGACAUAAAAAGAUCGUCAUGAUUAACAAGAAACCAAAACCGCCUUUACCGAGCUUUAUCUUUUUGCCAAAUAUAGAUACAUCGUUUUAUCCUCCCAUAGGACUACCGCCGCCACCAAUAGUUCCCAUGUAUCCGAUGGUUCCAGUACCUCCGGUUGUUCCAUUACUGCCUAUUCCAGAUAACUGUGAAACCACGUCUUUGUCUUCGACCACUAAUGACGUCACAACAAAAUCUAUGGAUACCUCAAAAACUACAGUGGAUGAAACUACAGAUACUGCUCCACAAGAAACAGAAACCGAGGCUGGACAAACGGAGUCUGCUGCUACGGAGAUUACUAAAACAGACACAGAAACACCUAAACCAGAUGCGCUUCGAGUAUUACAACGCCAAAAAAAAAGAAAAAACCCUGGGCAACGUAUUAAAAAUCAGCAAAUAAAACUUGGGUUAAAUAAAUUGAAGCCGAACGGACGUCAAAAAAUUUUACAGCGGCUUCAAGCGAAAGCAAAGAAACCACCAAAGGUUGUGACGGACGAAGUCCAUAAAAAAAUAAAGAAAACACCAUUCAUGAAUGACGACGCUGAGGUUCCUUUCCUCGACAAUACAAUACCAGUUGAUGCUAACAACAACGACAUGCAAUACAAUCCGUGGCAAGAAGACCCUUCGUCUGUACCUGACAAUGUUGAUUUCAAGUACAUCACAGAACUCAUACAUCGAGUUGAUCUAAAAAAUAAAACAAACGAUCUGCUACCGCCCAUCGAAUACAAUCCUUUGGACAGUAUUGAAGUCUAUAAGCCGAAGAGGAAUAAAAAUUAUUAUCAGUAUUACGAUACUCCUCUGAAUGCAUUCGAAAAACGAAGAUCGAAUCGCAACAAUGAAAAACUAACUGACGAUUCAUAUUAUACCAACUUGGGCAGACAAAUUGCAACCAUGAUAAGGGGCAUUGACGCACAGAAUAAACAAGCGAACAUUGAAAUGGAAAAAGCUAACGACAAAUUCAAAACUGAUCCAUACUACAAUAAAAAUUCAGCUCAAUCGUUUUGGGAACGAUCCGUCAGAUCGCCACUGACAUUCCUCAACGCGAAUAGAAACAAGUUUGAAUAUUUAAAGAAAAGUAACGAAAUACUUUUCAACAUUGAAAAUAGGGUAGAAAUUAUGGCAUCCACAGCACCAGCGCUGAGUUUACGAGAAAUAGAAAAUAUCGUAAAAGCAAUGGAAGCAGCCAAAAUGGAUAUACAACAGAAAGAAAGCAAUGUUGGAGAUAAAGUGUCGUCAAAUAAGAACCUUGAUAUAAAACUGUGGCCUCCGGAGUUUAAAAUAUCUGGAAAAUUAAACAGACCGGAAUUAAUGAAAAAAGACGAUGAUAACAAUGAAGUCAAAGACAUCGUAAACAAUAACCAAGCAGAUAAUGAUAAAACUCUUCGCGUGCAAAAUGUUCAAAAGUUUUAAACUUACCUAAUCAAAAUCUGAUGGAAAAUAAUCAGCGUGCGAGACAAAUGCCUGAAAUAAAAUUGAUAAAAAAUCCGUCCGUCGGGAACACAUAUUUCGCAAGCAAUCCUCUGAAUUAUAAUCAACUACGCUACGGAGUCGCUAAUCAGAGACAAACUAAAGCCGGCGCUCUCCCACAGAAACCUUCGGCACAGCUUUUGUUAGAAAAUGAAAUGAAUCCUUUGUUUUUAAAACACAGAAAGUAUUUCCAAGAUAAUAAUAAUAAUAAUGCUUUUAGUAAUAACAGAGAGCUGGCUCAGUACAGCCGAGCUUCUUUGAUAUCGGAACCCUCAUAUUUUCACCAUGAAAUAAAUCAUUUUGAUUAUUUCUAGAAACCUAAAUAGGAAUAUAUAAUAUAUAUCUUAUAA